AUGCCCGCCGCUCAGCCCGCCAACAAGCAGCAGUCGCAGCAGCGGAAAGCGCCUCGCAGACACUGCGACGGCGGCCAGCCAAGCUGUGAAAAAUGCAAGGCCAAAGGGCGGGAGUGCAAGUACUCCCAGGAUGAGGACAAGAGGAGAGUUUCGCUGCGCAAUGCCAUCGAGAUACUUUCCGCACGAGUGGACCAGUUAAGCCAACACAUCCUCAACAAUGGCCUCCAGCUCCCACCAAUGGAACCUGAGGCUGCCGCAAGCCUCAGCCGCAUCCUUGACGUCUUGCGCCUGCCCGCUGCCAAUUCAUCAGCCAUAAAAGCUGCAACAUUCGUUGCUCCCAAUCCACCUGCCGACCACGGUCCCACUGGACUGGACUUUGCGCCCGCUGGCUUUGACUGGAAUUUCCUCGAUGGCCAGUCAUGGGGCGCUCAUUUCAAUGCCGCCGCCAACGUCAACCAAGGUUUCAACACUGGCGUAGAUCCGUCUUCGGUUCCUAGGCCGCCUGUUACAGAUUCCGCUCAUCCGACGAGCCAAGCGUUUACCACUCCCUCUGCGAGUCAGCCGUUUGCGUCGCCGCCUACUCAAGCGUACACUUCGCCGCCCACAGCGCAACCUCUUACUUCCCCUCCAACGACUCAGGCGUAUACCUCGCCCUCGCAAACCCAGCCUGUUCCCACGAUUGAGCAACAUCCAGGCUUGACCGACAGCUCUGCGGAUGAUGCUGACGAUGACAGCGACGAUGAGCUGAUUAAGCAGAUUUCUACUCGUAUGGGAUCUUUGCAGCUUGCUCCAGACGGCCAUUUGCGUUACUAUGGAGCAACUUCAAACAUUCUCUGCGAUUUCCCGGACACUGAUCACCACCAGACCAGGAGAUCUGUUCGCAAAGAGGGUCGGGAUGUUCUGGAAGCCAACAACCUGGACAAGGCCGUGGAUCCCGCUAUUGAGGAGCACCUGAUCAACCUCUACUUUGCAUGGCAGGAUCCGUUCUUCCAUGUCGUUGACGAGAAGAUGUACCGAGUCGGCAGGGAAGAAUGGCGCGUACAGAAGCGAGACGUGGGUUACUACUCGGAGGUGCUCACUAACGCUAUGUGCGCUGCUGGUGCCGCCUUUGACGCCCGGUAUCACCCUAACUUUGUUACAUGGCCAAAAUCUCUUGCGGACUACUUUGCUGACAGGGCCAAGGCUCUGCUGGAACUCGAAAUGGACAGUCCUUGUCUGGCCACUGUGCAAGCUCUCGUCAUUUUGGGAGGCCACGAAAUGGCUUGCAAGAGAGACGCGCGUGGCUGGCUGUACAGUGGUAUGGCCAUGCGGCUUGCGUUUGACCUUGGUCUCCAUUUGGAUAUGACGGACUAUGUCAGGAAGGGAAAGAUCUCUGCAGUUGAAGCCGACAUCCGUCGGACUACGUUCUGGGGCACCUACAUUGUGGAUCACCUUUCCGGAUUCUACUAUGGCAGACCUGUCAGGAUCAACAACGGUGACAUUGCCGUGACAAAACCCACUGCAGAGCAGGCCAAUGCUAUCAUGAGCGCUUGGGUACCUUAUGGCUCACAUUCUCCCAUGGCAUCGGACCCUACCCUGUGCUACCAGGUCCCACUGGAGUUGGUUACCAAAGCAUCCGUGGAACUCUGCGAGACCAUGGAGCCUCUAGGUCACGUUCUUUACGGGGUUUCAAAUAUCUCUCGGCAGGAGCUCCACCUCCUUUCCUACCGCGUGACAGGCGAAAUGCUUGACUGGAAGGCGAAUUUGCCCCCUCUCCUGCAGGUCAACUACCAUGAUACCCAAACCGCCUAUCUGCCUCAUGUCUUGAUGCUCCACAUGCUCUACCAUCAGAUGAUGAUUUACAUCCACCGGCCGUACGUCUCGAAAACUUACAUCCAACCGAUGCCGCCACAGGGUCCGGGUCAUAUGCACGCUCAGCAGAUGUGCAUCGAGUCGUCCACUGCCAUUGUUGAUCUUCUUCGUCUGUAUGAGCAGCGCUAUACUUUCCGCCGCAUGAACAUUCAUGCCGUCUCUGUCAUUUUCACUACUUCACUCAUUUUAAUCUUCAUCAUCUGCUCCAAGCAGAGAGGAAGCACACCUCCACUACCUGUCACAGGCUCAAGCGAGUCAAAGGCCCGCGCCAAGAGCCUUGCCAACACUCCGGCAGAGAACGCCAUCGCCCAGCUUAGCGUCUGCUUCCGCGCCCUGGAGGAUCUUACCCAGUCGUACGACUCGGCUCGUCGUACUCGAGAAUUCCUCGUCGCGCUGCAGCAGCGCUGGCAACAACAAGCGCAGCGCUGGAACCGCAGUCACAGCGCCGGUGGCGGCUCCAAGCGUCAGAUGAAGGACCGCCCGCAGCCAGCAACCCAGCACGAGACGAAGCGGCCCCGUGGAAGCACGUACGGCUCCAGCUCCCUAACCGGCACGGCAGGGCCUGGUGGUGACGCGGGUUCCGCUGCCAACCAGCAGCAGUCUUCAAACGCCGGACAGCAGCAGCACAACCUCCCAGGCGGCAUGGGUCCUGGCGCAGUCGGCGCCGGAGGCAACGAUUUCGACAUCGACUGGAGCGGCUUCGGCGCCGCCGCCCGCGAUGGCCACAACAGCCCGGACAGCCUGGGUGAGGACAUCCUCGCGCAGCUCUGCUCGAUCGGUCCUGCUGGCGUCGCGUUCCCUUGA